AUGAAUUAUCAUGCGCUGAGUAUCGCCAAGUGUGGGUAUGAGGUCGAUUUGUGUGGUUAUAAAGAGUCGAAACUCAUGGACGAGGUCAUUGAGAACCCAUUAAUCACGGUUCGAGAAAUCCCGGUCGUCAAAAACGCCUAUAAACUACCGUUUGUGCUGUUUGCUCCAUAUAAAGUGGUCAAACAACACUGGAUUUUAUAUGAUCUUCUUAAACAAUUGAAACGAGCAGACUUUCUGCUAGUUCAAAACCCUCCUUCUAUCCCGGUUUUGGGGAUGGUGCGGUUUUUUUCGCUGUUUAUGUCACCGCGAACUAAAGUUAUUAUCGACUGGCAUAACCUAGGAUACUCGAUUCUGGCACUGAAAUUCCCCGACAAUCCUAAUCAUCCGUUUGUGAAAAUCUACAAAUGGUACGAAAACUGGUUUGGAUACAGAUCGUUUGUUCAUUUAACAGUGACCGUGGCACUUGGCCAGUUUCUUCGUACCGAGUUCGCUAUGAACGCUAAACGGAUUAUCCCUCUGUAUGACCGACCGGCCAGUCAAUUCAGUCUGUUAUCAGAAUCACAACGAAAAGAAAUCAUUAGCAAGUACCAGACAACCCUGUUUAAAGAUUUCGAUGCCAAAACAGAGAAAAUUCUCGUCACUUCGACCAGUUAUACCCCUGAUGAAGAUCUCACAAUCCUACUCGAGGCUCUUGAAAAGUACUCACUAGCCAGCAACCCAUCUUCACAAACUACCGAAGAAAAACCCACAUCUGACGACAAUAAAUCAGAAUCCAAAAAAUCACAGAUUCUAACCAGAUCAUCAGCAUCAACUCAAUUACCGCCGUUGCGAGUGAUUAUCACUGGUAAAGGGCCUAUGUUCAAAGAGACACGAGCUAAAAUCGAUGCUCUACAACCUACACUUCAUAAUAUCUCGAUACAUACGACGUGGCUGCCAAUUGAAGACUACCCGAAAGUUCUAGGAGCCGCAGACCUCGGCAUCUCACUUCACCAGUCGUCGUCCGGCUGGGACCUGCCCAUGAAAAUCGUCGAUAUGUUUGGCUGCGGAGUACCAGUGAUCUCACUCUCAUUUCCAGCCAUCUCGGAGCUCGUCAAACACUCGGAAAACGGGCUCAUUGUCGACACCUCAACCGACAUGGCCAAACAACUGGCCAAACUCUUCACGAACCCUGCCACCCUCAACAACCUCAAACGCGGCGCUGUUCGCGAAUCCCGCAUCAAAUGGGACACCAACUGGACCGAAAAACUCGGCCCGCUCUUCGGCGUCGGCCAAUACCGCGAACCGGCCCCCGGCGAAGACGACUCGAGCUCCUCGGACGACGACUAG